UGUAACGCAUCAACUUGAUUGGAACAAAGUUUGAACCGUUUUGACCAAAAAGACACAUCCCCAAGCCCACAACCACUGUCCACUCAUUUCAACUUUGCUGCUCCUGAUCAUCUGAUUCGCGCAAGUAGGAUGAGGGAAAGCUCAAUCGGAGCGGUGGUGCCGGCGAUGAAGAAGCCGGAGGAGGAAACUACAAUAACAUCAACGACAACAACCACCAGAGGAAAUAUCGAUGCAGAGGCGGAGGUGGCGGACAAGGAAUUGCUUUGCCCAAUUUGUAUGCAGAUGAUAAAGGAUGCUUUCUUAACGGCAUGUGGCCAUAGCUUCUGCUAUAUGUGCAUUGUUACUCAUCUCCGCAAUAAGAGUGAUUGCCCUUGCUGUUUUAACUCCCUUACCCCAGAUCAACUAUUCCCCAAUUUUCUUCUCGAUAAGCUAUUGAAGAAGACAUUUGCCCGACAAUUAUCGAAAAAUUCAUCCCCUGUAGAACAAUUUCGUCAGUCAUUGGAACAGGGUUGUGAAGUUUCAAUAAAGGAGCUGGAUACCCUGCUGUCUCUUCUGGCGGACAAAAAGAGAAGAAUGGAACAAGAAGAGGCAGAGAGAAACAUGCAAAUUCUGCUGGACUUCUUACACAGCUUAAGGAAACAAAAAGUUAAUGAGCUCAAUGAGGUACAAAAUGACAUCCAGUAUGCUAAAGAAGACAUAAAUGCUGUGGAAAGGCAUAGGAUAGAGCUAUACCGUGCGAGAGACAAGUACUCAGUUAAACUGCAGUUACUUGGUGAUGAUCCUAUGGGAUUGAAAUGUCCUACAUCGUCCAAUAGAAUUAGUACUAGUCAUUUAAGCUCUGGAAAUGAACGAGGAAUACUCUCUGAGAACUUUCUGCACAAAAAAGUGGAGGGAAAGGCUCAACGUAGCUUCCUUGGACCCCAGGGAAACGACAUAUCUUCAAGUGGUCCAACUUUGCAGCAUUUGAGCCAAUCUGGCCUGGCUAUAAAACAGAAAAAGCGUGUCCAUUCACAGUUUAAUGAUUUACAAGAGUUUUACUUGCAAAAGAGACGUCAGUCAGCCUGCCAUUUAUCCUCCCAAGAAAAGAAUGAUAAAAGUAUUAUUCACAGAGAAGGUUAUAAUGCUGGUCUUGCAGAUGUUCAAUCCGUUCUAAGCACAUUCACACGAUACAGUCGAUUAAGGGUGAUUGCUGAACUUAGGCAUGGGGAUCUCUUUCAUUCCACCAACAUUGUUUCAAGCAUAGAGUUUGAUCGCGAUGAUGAGCUGUUUGCUACUGCUGGAGUUUCACGAUGCAUAAAAGUUUUUGACUUCUCUUCGGUUGUAAAUGAACAUACAGAUGUGCACUGCCCUGUUGUGGAGAUGUCGACACGGUCUAAGCUGAGCUGCUUGAGCUGGAACAAAUAUAGCAAAAACCUUAUAGCUAGCAGCGAUUAUGAAGGAAUAGUGACUAUUUGGGAUGUAACUACUAGACAGAGUCUUAUGGAAUAUGAGGAGCAUGAGAAGCGCGCUUGGAGUGUAGAUUUUUCACGAACUGAACCGUCAAUGCUAGUUUCUGGUAGUGACGAUUGUAAGGUCAAAGUAUGGUGCACUAAGCAAGAAGCUAGCGUCCUCAACAUUGAUCUGAAGGCCAAUAUAUGCUGUGUAAAAUAUAAUCCAGAGUCUAGCCUAUAUGUUGCGGUUGGCUCUGCAGACCAUCACAUCCACUAUUAUGAUUUAAGAAACACCUGUCAUCCGAUUCAUGUGUACAGUGGCCACAAAAAAGCAGUUUCAUAUGUAAAAUUUUUGUCUGACAAUGAGCUUGCUUCUGCAUCAACAGACAGCACUCUUCGAUUAUGGGAUGUCAAAGAAAAUUCGCUUGUUCGUACAUUUAGAGGGCACACGAACGAGAAGAAUUUUGUUGGUCUCACAGUAAAUAAAGAUUUCCUCGCUUGUGGCAGUGAAACAAAUGAAGUGUGCGUCUACCAUAAGGCUCUUGCUAGACCCAUGACAUCGCAUAAAUUUGGCUCUCCUGAUAUGGAAGAAACUGACGAAGAUGCAGGAUCUUACUUCAUCAGUGCAGUCUGCUGGAAAAGUGAAAGUCCCACUAUGUUGGCUGCCAAUAGUCAAGGUACAAUUAAAGUUUUGGUCCUUGCAGCCUGAUAUGUACAGUUAUUGUUAAUGACUAAAAUUUGUAACACAGAUUUGAUCAUAAUUUUGUAACUUGAUCCAAUCUCAUUACUUGACCAUAAAUCAUGAAAUCAAGAGUGUAGAGAAAACGUUCUGUGUCUCCAUCAGUGGAUCAUGGUCUCUAUUUAUAGGGAAAUGGAAAUGGAAAUGGAAAUGGAAAUGAAAAUGAAAUGAUCUAACACUUGACCUUUAUGAGUGCAAGCUAAAAUAUAUUGUAAAUUCUUUUU